UUUCAGACAUGCUUAAAACUGAAAGUGAAACAGUGAUCUGAAAAAGCGCUACCUCUUCAUGAAGGAGGAAAGGCUGAGAUCUUUCCGUUAAUCUCUCAGCCUGAGAACAUUAAAUUAAUCUCAGAAACUGAAACGAGCUUCACUCAAAGAGAAAAUGGCUUCCUGCUCUGAGGAGGACCUCUCCUGUCCUGUCUGCCAUGAUAUUUUCAGGGAUCCUGUUGUCCUGUCGUGCAGCCACAGCUUCUGUCAAACCUGUGUUCGCUCCUGGUGGAGGGAAAAACAAAUAAAUGAGUGUCCGGUUUGUAAGGAGAGACCUCUGAGUGACCCGCCCGUGAGCUUAACAUUGAAGAACCUGUGUGAAGCUUUCUUACAGAAGGAAAAUCCAAAGCUUUCUGCAGGGUCAGAGCAGGAUCUCUGUAGUCUGCACACUGAGAAAUUAAAACUGUUCUGCCUGGAUCAUCAGCAGUCCAUCUGUGUUAUCUGUCGAGAUUCAAAAGCACACAGCAACCACAGAUUCAGACCCAUCAAUGAAGCUGCAGCGUACCACAGAGAGGAGGUCCGGGAACGCUUGAGAACCUUACGACACAAGCUGACACUUUUUGAGCAAGACAAAGGCAACUGUGAUCAAACUGCCAAACACAUUAAGAUCCAAAACAGAAACACAGAGAAGCAGAUCAAGGAUCAGUUCAAGAAACUUCAUCAGUUUCUGCAAGAGGAGGAGGAGGCCCGGAUCUCUGCUUUAAGGGAGGAGGAGAAGCAGAAAAGUAAACUAAUGAGGAAAAAAACUGAAGUUCUAAGCAGAAACAUUACAGAUAUUUCCAACACAAUUAGAGCUGCUGAGAAGGAGCUGAAAGCUGAAGAUGUCUCCUUCCUGCACACCUACAAAGAUGCAUUAAAAAGAAUGGAACAGUGCCAUCUGCUGGAGGGUCCAGAACUGUCCUCAGGAGCUCUGAUAGAUGUAGCUAAACAUCUGGGCAACCUUAGCUUCAACAUCUGGAGCAAGAUGAAGGAGGCUGUCUGCUACUCUGCUGUGACUCUGGAUCCAAACACAGCUCACCCUGAACUGAUCCUUUCUGAAGACCUGACCAGUGUGACACAUGGAGGGAGACACAAGCUCCCAGAGAACCCAGAGAGGUUCGACUGUUACCAUGUUGUUCUGGGUUCUGAGGGGUUUACCUCCGGGACUCACAGCUGGGAUGUUGAGGUCGGAGACAGCGUGAGCUGGGACCUGGGUGUGGCAACAGAGUCUGUCGAGAGGAAAGGAUUCAUCAGGUCUGGAUCCUGGAGGAUUGGGUUUGAUGGUGUCUGUGAAGCCAUCUCCCCUCCAGGCCGAAGUGCUGUUCUCUCUAUAAAGACACCAAGCAGGAUCAGAGUCCAUCUGGACCUGGAGAAGGGAAAGCUGUCCUUCUCUGAUGCUGAUACUGGUGCCCACAUAUACACCUUCACCGAGGGUUUUACUGAGAAACUGUUACCAUACUUCAGCAUCAAGAAGAAGAAACAAUUAAAACUAUUAUCAAAGAAAGUCUCUGCAGCUGUGGAUGAGUGAUGGGAGGUGGUGUUUUAUUUUAAGACUUUUAUGACCAAGUUAAUGGAGAACAUACACCAAAAUAUUACCUGAUGAUGAUAAUAUGUUGCCUUGUUUUCUCUCUACGCCUGUUAAAGUAUAUUUAUCUUGAUGCCAUUUUUUCUUAUUUAAAAAAUAUACCUGCCGUCCUGAUAUGAUGCUCUGAAACGUUUAAUGUCUCCCCUGACAGGAAAACAGAUUUUAUAUUGGCAUCAACAUCGGUAUCGGCCGAUGUUAGUCAUUUUUCACUAUAUUAGUAUCUCUCCUAUUAGUAAAACUGGGCCGAUACUAAUAACCGAUGUUUAUCUCCAUCUUGUUGCUGUUUGUGUUUCUAGGGGGCGAUGGUGGCCAUUUUGUAUUUGUUUGGUCAUUUAACAGUGAUGGUGAUGCAGGAGUGUGGGGAAGCAGAGAAGCAAUGUCAGCAGUGUGUCAAUAGGGCAGGAAAAUAUAAAUAAUAUCUGUAAAUAUCUGUAAUCAAUAUUGAACGUCGUUAUUUACUUGAAGUGGUUACUUUUGCUUUUGUAGAGUUUAGUCGCUGAGGUUUUUGCAGAAACAUUUUAAACUGAGCGAUAGGAAACAGUUUCCGUUAACUUGGGGAUUUUUAUUAACGUGUCUGCUUGUUUAAAAGUUGUCAUAAAUAUUGAGAUUUUUUAUGAAAUAUACAGUUAUGGUAUUUUAUUAUUUGAAGUAUAAAGAAGGUGGUGUUUUGCGGCUGUCAUAUAACCUUAUUAUAACACACACUAAUGAUUGAACUGACAGAACAGCUAUGUUAUGCUAAAUCAAUGUGAUAUGGCUAAAUCACGUAUUUCACAGAGGAUAUUGACACAUUGUGUACAUCUUCCUUCUGGGUUUUUUUUUUUGUUCACAUUUUGUCAUUUUACCUGAAGCUUCAAUAAAUUUCACUAGGAUUUAAUGUGA